AUGUCUAGAAAGAAUCCUGGAUUGUUUGAAGAAUACAACCAAAUCAUUGUAGAGCAAUCUUCACCAGGAAUAAUGUCCGAUGUUGAUCCUGACAAACCAGUCGAAAUUGGUCACGUGAUUUUUUUACCGCAUCAUUCAGUUAUACGCGGAGACAAACAGACGACUAAAGUGAGGAUAGUCUAUGGUGCUCCGUCAAGUCUGCUGGUCCGGUACCAUCGUGUUGCUUUGGCGGCCGACAUUGUAAAAGCCUUCCUGAUGGUCCGGAUCAAAGAAGCUAGCCAAGAUGUUUUGCGCUUUCUUUGGAUAGAUGAUCCUGAUAACGAACAUCCAAACAUUUUCGUGAAACGUUUCAAUCGAGUCGUAUUUGGCGUCACAAGUUCUCCCUUUCUGCUGAACGCAACAAUUAGACACCACGUAACCAAGUAUGAAGCUUAUCAUCCCCAAUUCGUGAGCGAUUUUCUGACCUCUCUCCAUGGGGAUGACUUCAAGAGGGGAAAAGACAGCGUCCCUGAAGCAUUUCAGCUCUACACAAAGGCAAGAUCAAUAAUGAAGGAAGCUGGCUUCCAUUUGAGGAAGUGGAUUUCAAGUUCUGAACGGCUAAUGGAAUGGAUCGACGAAGAAGAAGGAGUACCAGUCAAAGAAAUGGUUGAGUUAUCGAAAAAAGACGGUACUGAAGAGUAUGCGCACGCAGAAAAUCUAUGA